AUGGAUUUAUUUAAUUACAUAAUUGAGUCGAUACUUGAUAUUCCCGCAUCAUUCUCCCCACCUUUCGACAAACUCGACCUCGAGUUUUUUCCUAGGCUGAAGCCACCUGGAUCGAAAGGAACAUCAAUCCGAUUCUUUUCGAUUAUUAUCAAGGCCUGCCCAAGUAGUUCUACUUCACAGGUCGUCAUGCCACCCAGAUUUCUUCGCGGUCGAGGCAAAGGACACAUGACAGGCCAUGAUCACGAGGCCGGGCCGUCACAUCGACGCACUCCUUCCAUCACCAUGAGCACCAGUCCGCAAGAACCAUGGAGACUCUAUGUCGAACCAGGAAGGCGAUCAGUAUCCCUUAGCUCCUCUCCCUCGUACCAACAUUCAUUUGGGCCCAAUUCUGAAAACGAGCCCAAUAACCAGCCUCCAUCUUUCAUACCUCUCCAAAGAUCCAAUUCUCACCAUUCCUUUGGCAGCCCAACAGCAGUCUUCCGAAGCCGGUUUAACCCGGCUAACCAUCUGCCUGAACCCGUGGGUUUCAACCCACUCGGACCAGGAGACCACUUUCCAGAGGAGAACGACAUGGAUGAGGACACCGACCCCAUGGAACCUGCAUCAGGGACACCAAAUCACCCCAUAGAAAUAUCAGAUGGGUCAUCCUUCCAUGGAUCACCAUACCGAGGACCGGACAGUUAUAUGGAGAGAUUCAAACAGUAUGAAUGGUACUUCACCCCGUCUGAGCAUUCGUCAUCCCAACCGCACCAGCAGCAACAAGAUCCUUCGGAGGGUCAUCAGUUUGUGGCAGUCACGCCGCCGCCACCACCGCCAGUAGAGCAACAGCAGCCGCCUCCGGAACCACCGAGGCGAAGAAGAUCAAACGCACGUAUGUCCGUGCGAGGUGGGGUUCGGAUUGCUACUCCCCAGCCAUCUAGCGGCAGCCAUUAUCCGCCACUUCAGGAAGAAGAAGACCCGUAUGAAGGUGGUCCGUCAAGCCCUAUACCAGAUGUUAACUCUGUACCUGUGAUACCACCUUUGGGUUUCGAUAACCCGAUUCCUGCGUAUGCUGGGUCAGCGGCAUACAACCCCUUUGAGCAGCCGGCGCACACCCACUACAACUAUAACUACGGUUACGCAGAGGUAGAUCCAUACCAAGUAGCUCAGAAUUACAAUAUUCUUCAUCCUGAGGGGCCAUAUGGAGGGCCAUGGACUACUGGUUACCCGACAUAUGGGUAUCAGCAUCAGCCACCACCUCCGCCGGUGUAUCAGCCGCCUCAACCACCGAUUCAGCAGGAAGUACUAGAAAGGUUGAACCAAGUCGAGCAAGAAGUUCGCGAAGACCGCAAAGAGCGGCAAGGUUUCUUAAAGGGGCUAUCGGACUUGCUUAAGGGGAAAUCGAAAAGGAGGGGUCAUUGA